UUUGAUGAAUGCAUGAGAGCAACUCCUGUUCCUGGUCACCGUUAUGAAAGCUGUUCCCCGCCUUGGGUGAAUCAUGGGGGUUCCAGUGGAUGGACAGUUGGCGGCGUAAAUGGAAGUUGAGCGUGGGGAGGUUGUCAGGGCCCGGGUCCCCCCUUCCCCCCCCUCGCGAUGGCGUUCGUCAAGCAUCCACCCACGCGAGGCCGGCCAGACCAGGGACCAUCAAUUGGGAGAGUUUCCAUACUCCAUACCUAGUCCAUACGACCACACACGACGUAGGUGUGUAUACCGACUACUGCAGUGCUUAUGCGCCCAGGGGGAAGCCGGAGAGGAUAAUAAGGCUGUCAGCAUGCCGUCCCACUGGACUUGCUCGGAGACUUGGAUGCGAUUGGCAGCUGCGACAACGUGUGAGCCCGUGAGAGCCCUGUGCCAAUCGAAUCUGUUCGUAGUCUUCCUCGUAAAGGAUGAAUGCAGCAGUGCAGUACUCCGUACUGUGUACAGUCCCAAUGGUAAGGAUAACCGUUUGAUUGUGCAUUGCAUGGCAUGGAUGUCGACGUCGAGGGAUGCGAUAGAUGCUCCCACUCCAGUCUAGGCGAGCACGCACGGGCCCGGAUUAACAUUAUAUUCGAGUAACGGGUAGAGAUAGGGCGCGGACGGCGCAAAUGGGAGACAGGAGCAUGUAAGAGGCCGGACAGAGGAGUAGUAAAAAGCAACAAGACCGCAGAGUGUCCGGCCGUUUGGGGGAAUUGAGGGAGAGUAAGUGGCUCAAGGUUGAGAUUCGAGGUCAGAGGUUAAGCCCAAUCGGGUGGGAGAAACGUUCGUCCCGCUUCAAACACA